AUGAGUGCCACAAUUGAUAAUCCUGCUAUCGAGCACCGGGCGAGGCCACCGCCUCCCGGUGAGGAAAUCGUCAUUUCCGGUCUCGCUGGCCGAUUCCCGAACUCGGACAGCGUGAAGGAGUUUGGCUACCACCUGUACAACAAGAUCGACAUGGUCGAUGACCAGGAGACGCGGUGGCGUCACAGUAACGUCGAAAUUCCCCGCCGUAUGGGAAAGAUCAACAAUCUGGAGAAGUUCGACGCUACCUUUUUCGGGGUGCACUUUAAACAGGCCCACACUAUGGACCCACAGUGUCGUAUCCUGGUAGAACACGCCUACGAAGCCGUUAUUGACGCCGGAGUCAAUCCGAAAACACUUCGUGGCUCAAGGACUGGGGUGUUCGUUGGAGCGUGCUUUGCUGAAUCGGAGAAAACUUGGUUCUACGAAAAGAUUUCCUCCGGUGGAUUCGGUAUCACGGGUUGUUCGCGUGCUAUGAUGGCUAACCGAAUUUCCUAUACCAUGGGAUUGAACGGUCCGUCAUUCCUCCUGGAUACGGCUUGUAGUAGUUCUAUGUACGCUUUGGAUUGUGCGUUCAAUUCUAUCCGUAAUGGAGAGUGCGAUGCAGCGAUCGUUGGUGGUUCCAAUCUACUGCUGCAUCCCUAUGUAACGCUACAAUUUGCUCGUCUUGGCGUUCUGGCUUCCGAUGGCUAUUGCCGACCGUUUGACAAGGAUGCUUCCGGUUACACCCGUUCCGAAGCUAUUGCCGUGGUGUACCUGCAGAAAGCGAAGGACGCCAAACGAGUUUACGCUAACUUUGUCUACUCCAAAACGAACUGUGAUGGUUUCAAGGAGGAAGGAAUCACCUAUCCUUCGGGUUUGAUGCAACGUAGACUGCUUGCCGAGUUCUACCAGGAAAUUAAAAUUGAUCCUUCGACGGUGAACUACGUUGAAGCGCACAGCACCGGUACGGUGGUCGGUGAUCCGGAAGAGUGUGCUGGAUUGGACAAAAUUUUCUGCACCGGUCGCAAGAAACCCCUUCCGGUGGGAUCCGUCAAGUCCAACAUCGGCCAUUCGGAGUCUACGUCCGGUAUUUGCUCGGUUACCAAGAGUGUGCUGGCAUUUGAGAACAAGCUGAUUCCACCGAACAUAAACUUCACCGAAAUCCGGCGCGAUAUUCCUUCGCUCGUGGAAGGUCGGCUGCAUGUGGUUUCGGAGGUGAUGCCACUGGACGGACCGUUGAUCGCUAUCAAUUCGUUCGGUUUUGGUGGUGCGAAUGCUCAUGCACUGCUUAAGGGAAAUGCAAAGGAUAAGGUUAACCACGGAAUUCCGGAGGAUAAUCUGCCCCGGCUGAUCACCUGGUCGGGCAGAACGGAGGAAGCGAUCGACGUUGUUUUGACCGAUAUGAGCAACCGCCAUUUGGAUGCGGAAUAUGUGGCUUUGGUGCACAACGUUCAGAGCGAAUCGAUUCCCGGCAAUGUGUUUCGUGGUUAUGGUGUUUACGCUAAGAAUGGGACGGAGAAUGCGCUGUGUUUGGGUCGAGAUUGUCAGCACUAUACCGGACUCAAGCGUCCGCUGGUUUGGGUGUUCAGCGGGAUGGGUUCGCAGUGGACCGAAAUGGGCAGCUCACUGAUAGACAUUCCGAUAUUCCGUAGUUCGAUAGAAAGAAGUCACAAGGUACUGGAGAAACGGGGGCUUAAUUUGAUGGAAAUUCUAACCUCGAAGGAGUGCAAAUACGAGAAUAUUCUGCAUUCGUUCGUUGGUAUUGCUGCGGUUCAAAUUGGAAUCGUGGAUGUGCUGCGAUCGUUGGAUAUCGAACCGGAUUACGUGAUUGGGCACUCGGUCGGUGAGCUGGGUUGUGCCUAUGCGGAUGGUUGCUUCACGGCGGAACAGAUGAUUUUGUCCGCCUAUUCUCGUGGUAUGGCCAGUUUGGAAACGAAGACCGUCUUUGGAUCCAUGGCUGCCGUUGGGCUCGGAUAUCGCAAGAUUCGAACAAUGCUGCCGUCCGGCAUUGAGGUGGCAUGCCAUAACGGUCCCGACUCGUGCACCAUUUCCGGCCCGAAAGAAAACGUGGAAGCCUUCGUGAAAGAACUUACCGGAAAGGGUAUUUUCGCUAAGGAAGUCCCAUGCUCGAACAUUCCGUACCACAGCAAGUACAUCGCCGAAAUGGGACCACGUCUACUGGCGCGACUGAAUGAGGUAAUCCCGGAACCGAAGAAACGUUCUGCCAAAUGGUUGAGCUCUUCCGUGCCGAAGAUUCGCUGGGAUCAAACGGAAAGUCAGUACUCGUCGGCUCACUACCACACGAAUAACCUCCUAAGUUCGGUUCUGUUUGAGGAAACCUCGGCACUGCUUCCCAACAAUGCAAUGACCAUCGAAAUUGCACCGCACGGAUUGCUGCAGGCCAUUCUGAAAAAAUCCAUGCCAAAUGCAGUGCACAUUGGUCUCACCAAGCGUGGCAACAAGGACAACGUUCAAUAUCUGUUCAAUGCACUUGGAAAACUGUACGUCAACGGAUUGGACAUUCCGGUUUCGCGCCUCUAUCCGGCGGUACAGUUCCCGGUUUCGCGCGGUACACCGAUGCUGUCGCAUCUGGUCCGCUGGGAUCACAACGAGGACUGGUUCGUGACGAAGUUCGAAAUGCAGAAAUCGUCCAAGAGCGGCGAACGACGCGUGAAGAUCAAGCUGAGCGAUCAGGACUACAGCUACAUUGCCGGUCACGUGAUCGACGGACGGGUUCUGUUCCCGGCAACCGCCUAUCUGCAUCUGGCCUGGGAAACUCUCGCCAUGGUUAAGGGACCGAUGUACUUCGAUCUGGAAGUGGAGUAUGAAGACGUGAAAUUCCUGCGAGCGACGUCGAUCGCCAAAGAUCAGGAGAUUGAGUUCCACAUCAUGCUGCAACCGGGUACCGGUCGGUUCGAAAUCAGCGAAGGUUCGGCAGCGGUUGUGACCGGUUACAUCAAGCACGUCGAGAACAUUCAGCUGUCGGAAAUUCCCGACCCGCCGGAGUCGGAUUACCCGAUGCUGUACGAACGUGACUUCUACAAAGAGCUGCGUCUGCGAGGAUAUCACUACAACGGUGCGUUCCGUUCGAUCAAGGAAGCUCGAGCGGACGCUCGCUGUGGAAAGGUCAACUGGGAGCUGAAUUGGGUGUCGUUCCUCGACUGUUUGCUGCAGUGUUUGAUCGUCGGCAAAGACACUCGCUCGCUGAUGAUUCCGACCGGUCUGGAGCGUAUGAGGAUCGAUCCGAAGAUGCAUCUGGCUAUUGCCAACACAAUGGACGAAGGCCAGCAGGUGUUCGACUUCAAGUACUCCGAUGUGCUGAACACGAUCCGUUGUGGUGGAAUUGAAAUCAUCGGUCUACAGGCAAGCACGGUUGGACGCAGAAAGCCUCCGGGCUAUCCGGUGCUGGAAUCCUUCCAAUUCAUUCCCCACCUGCCGGCUCCGAAGAUGUCCAAAUCGGACGCAGUCCGAGUUUGUGUCCAGUUGGCCCUGGAGAACAUUGUCGCUCCAAAGGUGAAAGCCGUGGAAGUCGAUUUCCACAACGACACUCCCAUUACUCCGAUGUUUGCUGAAGCCCUGGGUGACCUUCCGCUUGUAACGGCCGAUCUAAUGUUCUUGUCGCAGCAGCAAAUUACGCUAAGUGCCGUACACGUCGAGGACGGUAAACUAUCUACGCAAUCGAAUUGCCUCUUCCUGAUCUCCGUUAACUGUCUCAGUCGGCCGGAACUGAUCGAGGAAGCGGCGAGCUGUUUGCAUGACAGCGGUUUCAUCCUCUCUCGAGAGGCACCCAAUCUGGCCCUGGACAGCAUCGUACCACCAGCCGGCUAUCAACUGAUAGCGGUCAUACCGGUCGAAAACGAAACCUACGUGAUGUUACAACGCAUAAAACGCAAAUACCUGGGAAGCCCAACAAUCGUCCACCUUCCGGCUAACGACGAUCAGUACCAAUGGAUUACCAAAUUGCGGGACGCAAUCAAGCAAGGUUCGGUGAUCGUCGUAUCCCAGGGAGAUAGCACCUCCGGAAUCAUCGGCUUAGUAAACUGCAUUCGCAAGGAACCGGACGGUGGAAUGGUCAGCUGUGUGUUCGUAGAUGAUCCGAAGGCACCACCAUUCGAGCUGGACAACCCGAUCUAUAAGGUACACCUAAAACUGGGUCUCGCAAUCAACGUCUACCGCAAUGGACGUUGGGGAACGUACCGCCACCUGCAACUGCUUCAACCGGCCAUAACCAAGCCACGACGCGAUCACUGCUAUGCCAACGCCCUAACCAAGGGAGAUCUCUCUUCGCUAACCUGGCUGAGUGGACCGUUCAAUCAACGCCGCCCGAAGGGCGAACUGGUUCGCGUCAGCUACAGUUCGUUGAACUUCCGCGAUGUGAUGUUUGCGUCCGGUAAACUGUCGGCCGACUUUGCCAAUCUGACCCGCAUCGAGCAACAGUGCGAACUUGGCUUCGAAUACUCCGGAAUAGGGGAAACUGGCCGUCGCAUCAUGGGUAUGGUAACCACCGGGGCAAUGGCAACGCACGUGGAAUGUGAAGACACGCUCAACUGGACCAUUCCGGAUAGGUGGACGCUCGAGGAGGCAGCUACCAUUCCGGUGGUCUACACCACGGUCUACUGCUCGCUCUUCGUCAAUGCACACAUCCAGAAAGGUCAGUCAAUUCUGAUUCACGCCGGCAGCGGAGGUGUUGGUUUGGCAGCUAUCAAUGUCUGUCUGGCCUAUGGGUUGGAAGUUUACACCACGGUUGGCAGCCAAGCGAAGCGUGAUUUCCUACUGCAAACGUUCCCGAAACUGAAGGCCGACAAUAUCGGAAAUUCACGUGAUACAUCCUUCGAGAAGAUGGUCAUGUAUCGCACCGAUGGAAAGGGAGUUGAUUACGUGCUGAAUUCGCUGGCCGACGAUAAGCUGCACGCUUCGCUACGUUGUCUCGGAAAGUAUGGAAAGUUUUUGGAGAUCGGCAAGUACGAUAUGGCUAACGAUACCAAGCUGGGUCUGAAUCGCUUCCUGCGAGCGCUCUCGUUUACUGCUGUGUUGGUUGAUUUCCUAUUCACCUCACCGCUCGAGGAAAAACUGGCCUUGAAGCAUAUGAUCGAGAAGGACAUACAGGCCGGUAUUAUUGUUCCACUGAAGAGCAACGUCUUCCCGGCUAGCGAGAUCGAACAAGCAUUCCGCUAUCUAGCCAGUGGAAAACACGUCGGUAAAGUGCUGCUCAAAGUGCGUGAAAACCCGAACGACGAGGAGUCCGUUCCGAUUGCCUAUCUGCCACGAAUGUACUGUAAUCCGGAUCAUUCGUACGUGAUUGCUGGUGGGCUGGGAGGAUUCGGUUUGGAGCUGGCCGAUUGGUUGGUACUUCGUGGAUGUCGCAAGCUGGUCAUGAGCUCAAGCCGUGGUAUUUCCAAAGCAUAUCAGGCCUACAGAAUCAAAAUCUGGGAACAGUACGGCGUAAAAAUAAUCAUCAACACCGAGAACAUCGCAACCCGAAAGGGUUGCGAAGCCCUUCUGGUGGCUGCCAAUAAGCUCGGGCCGGUGGGAGGAAUCUACAACCUGGCGGUUCUGUUGCGGGAUGGCAUCUUCGAGAAUCAAACGGUGGAAAAGUUCGCGGAAUCCAUGGGACCAAAGGCGUUAGCGACCAAGCAUCUGGACGAACUGAGCCGCAAACUGUGCCCUCGGUUGGAGUACUUUAUCGUUUUCUCCAGCGUUUCCUGCGGUCGGGGCAAUGCCGGUCAAAGCAACUACGGUAUGGCUAAUUCGGUAAUGGAGCGUAUCAUCGAGCACCGGUACGCAUGUGGGCUCCCGGCCAAGGCCAUCCAAUGGGGAGCGGUCGGAGAAGUUGGUCUCGUGGCUGAUAUGCAAGAGGAUAAGCUGGACAUGGAGAUCGGAGGAACUUUACAGCAACGUAUAUCGUCUUGUCUGCAAGAAUUGGACCCUCUACUGACCACUCCGGAUCCGAUUGUUGCCAGCAUGGUCGUGGCUGAGAAGCGUGUUCGAAGCAGCGGAAAAGACAACAUCAUCGAAUCCGUCAUGAAUAUUAUGAGCAUUCGUGACAUCAAAUCGGUUUCGAUGGACACGACGCUCUCGGAGCUGGGAAUGGACUCUUUAAUGGCGGUUGAAAUCAAACAAACACUGGAACGAGAAUAUGAACUCUUCCUUACACCACAGGACCUCCGGUCCUUAACGUUCAUGAAACUUCAGGAACUGACAGAAGCAAAGGCUCAUGCCGACGAAAACGUCAAACUGAAACUGGCCAACGAAAAAACUCCCACCGGAGUGGCUAUGCUGCUGCGUAACCUAGGCGACGAAUUCAACAGUGAACAAACAAUUCUUCGACUGCAGUCGGAGAACGAUUCGAAGAAGUACAAUGCAUGCGUCCUGUUGACCCCCGGUAUCGAAGGAGUUGCCGGCAAUGCCUGGCAUAGCAUUGCGGGUCAGUUGACCCUACCAACCUUCAUAACGCAACUGACCAACACCAUCAACAUGACCAGUGUCGCAGAGAUUUGCCAAUUCCUAGCAUCGGAAGUAGUCGAUGUUGUGUUCAAAGGAACCGAACAUUUCUUCCUGGUCGGCUACUCGUUUGGAGCCUUCAUCACACUCGAACUUGCUCGUAUUCUCGAGGAAACUGGUAAACGUGGUCAAAUCCUGUUGAUUGACGGUGCCCCCAAGUUCCUGCACAAACUGGCCAUAGAUCAGAUGUCCGAAAACUGGACCGAAGAGUCCAUUCAAAUCGUAUUGAUAGCUGGCAUCCUGAACACCAUUUUCCCGGAAGAAACCACCGACGUACUGCCAAUCAUCACGGAGUGCACAUCGUUCGAAUCGCGUAUCGAUAAAUUGCUCGAACUGGCCAAGGAUCAAAACGUCUACUCCGAGAACUACCUGCGGAUGAUGACGAAGGCUCUGUUCAACCGCAUCAAGAUCACCCUACUGACCGACAUCAGCAAAAUCGAACCGCUCGAGUCACCGAUCACGCUUGUUCGUCCCACCGAAGUGUCCGUCGUAGACAUCGAGGAAGAUUACGGUCUCUCGGAGUACACGAAAGGUAACGUCAGCUUGAAGUUCCUCGAGGGUAACCACAUCACGAUGCUGGAAAAUCCGAAACUGACGCAGAUCAUUACCGAAUCGGACCCGGUGCUGGAAUCGGAUCGCUCCUUCCAGAAAUAUCUGCAAAGUAGUGUGAUUGCGGAAUAA